GCGGCCACCGUACAGUAUACGUUUUAUUGUGAUUGUUAAUUGUGUUGUAUUAUUUAUGUUGCAUGAGUGUAAUAAAAUAUUUAAGUACAAAAGUUUCAAAACAUAAAAGGGCUGUUUAACGAAAAAUCGUUACGAUUAUAACGCCAAAUAUACGAUCGCACUUUUGAAAUAGUAAAAAUUAAUUCAAUUCAAUUCAUGAAUUCAAAUUCAUACCGCUCAGCUGAACACGUGCUGCUGCUGUUAUCCGCCGGGCAGCUAAACGUCAAACCUGUGUGUGGCUGUCAGUGGCGACCGUACCCAAAGAAAGAGACAGCACGCACCAUCGCAAAAAGCGUAUUGUCAUUUCAGCCUAUUCCGUAGUGUGUGUGUGUGCGCGUGUGUGCUUGCGUGCGCCUGUGUGUGAGUCAGAGCAAAAACCGUGUAGCACACAUGAACGGGCAUGACGGACGAGUUCUUUAUCGUGCGAUAUUGUGACACCAACUGAAGACAGACGGACCGCGGAAGUGAGGCUAGUGAUAGAUAGAAUCAAGCCACGCACCGUCCGCAAACCCGUGCGGAAGUUGGUGAAGCUUUUCGUUUAUUAUUUUCCGUCCGUCAUCGUCCGUGUCGGGACUGUGGGCACUGUGCGUGUUUGAGUUUGUGAGUGUGUCUCUGUGUUUGUGUGUGUGUGUGUGUGCGUGCGUGUGCGCUCCCUUCAUCGAACUCUGCCCCAGCUCUCUACGACGUCGCCGUUGUGCCGUUUCAUCGCAGUAGCAGCAGCAGCAGCAGCAGCUCACGCAGAGCAAUAGACACACACGGGCAGGGUGUGUGAGAGUGUGUGAGCAGCACCAUUAGCCCCCACAAACAACAACGACGACGACGACGACGAGCUGGCGUUUUCAUUGUGAUUUGGUGUCCAGUCUUUCGGUUUCGAAAGGGUGGCUCAGCUGAAGCGUAGGGUCUUCAGAGAAGGAAGUGGCAGUACGGCAAUACGGGGAAACGGCAUGUUUGCACAGGGGUGUUGCGACCAGCUGAGCUAGAGCGAGAGAGAGGAGGUUUACAGUGAGCGGCGCUGCACAGUCCUGCGUACAGGCGACUGUGUUCGGUUGACAGGAUUAUUGGCUUUUUUACCGGCCCGCAGCACCAGCAGCAGUGGCGCAGGAAGCAGAUCCCUGCCAGUAGUGGCACCAUAGCAACGAGAAGCAGCAGCAGCAGCAGCAGUAGUCGUCGUCCUACAGUUUAGAAAAACGGCCGAUAACGGCACGCGCACGCACGCAAUACGCACGACAGAAUCGACGUAGGUGGUGCCUUCUGGUGGUGGUGUUCACUCCCUCCCUCCCCCUCCCCCCGCGCUUGGUGUGGCUCCCCCGGAGCGUAAAGUGCGUAAGAUGUCCGAAAAUCGGGACGAAAUCCUCGCCGACUUUCAGAGCAUAACGGCCAUCGACGAUGUGGCCGAAGCGAUAUUUCACCUGGAAGCAUCGAACUGGAAUUUGAUUAACGCGAUACAGCGCGUACUGCCACAGGAUCCGACGGAUCAUCACAGCACGCCAGCCGCCGCAACCGUACCGCCGGCGUACAGUGCGAGCGAGCGGGCCGCCAGCAGCAAUGGCAGCGGCGGCCCGGGUGCGGCCCACUCCUCGUCCGCACUGUUUGGCGGGGGCCGCAACAUGGGCCUGUACUCCAAUGACCUCAACUUCCUGGAGGAGCUGCCGGACGUGGAGGAGCAGAUGACGGCGCCCUCGUCGCCGGUGAAGCCGCUCAACUUCGGCAGCAGGCGGAACGUGGGCCUUGCCAGCGGUGCCGCGUUUAACAUUUCAGAUGUUGGUGCAUCCUCUUCGCGAUCCAGCAGCAAUCACGACAUCCGCGCCGGCACACUCAACUAUCUCGACACGAAACCGGUCGAGCUGCUGUUCAACGUGGCGUUUAAGAACGAGCAGCAUCAGAUCAGCAUAUCGAACCACGCGACCGUCGGUGAUCUGAAGGCGAAAAUCUUCGACAAAACGCGCGUCCCGGUGUGCCGGCAGGCGCUGAAGGGUUGGGAACCGGGCAAGCAGCGGGAAACGGCCAACCCGAGCACGCCGCUGAAGGCGCUCAACAUUGUCGGCAAGGAGGUGAACCUGAAGCUGACCGACCUUACGUCCGACGGGUUCGUCGGGGAUGUCGAUGUUGAUGUCCAUCCGGCGACGAGUCAGCAGACGUACGUGCUGCACAUCAAUGUGCAGCCGAGCAACCAGCUGCUACACCUCAACUUUCCCGCUCAGCAGGACAUACUGUCGAUCAAGAACCACGUGUACACGGUGACGGAUAUACCGGUGCGCCACCAGGUCUGGUCGGGAUGGCCGAGCAACAUCAGCAACCACACGACGCUGGCGGAAUCGGGCGUCGGCCAUGAGCACAAUCUGCUGCUCAAGCGGGCCGACGAGAGUAUGAACAAACCGAGCAACAACAACAACAACAACAACAACAAUAACAACAACAACAGCCAUCUGUUGAACGCGCUCAGCAGUGCGGGCACCAGCGCAAACAACAGCCACAGCAGCAGCAGCAGCAGCCGUCACAUGAUGAACUUUGGCGCCGACAGCUUACAGGCCAUUCCAAUCGACUCGGAAAGCAGCGGCGAAGAGUUUGAGGAUGCGUCCGACUUCAACAACGAUGACGACAUCUUCACCGAAACGCCGAUCAUCAAUCAGCAGAAGCGUUUAAUUCCGGACAAUGUGGAUGAUGAAACGAUCGGGAGCAUACAGUUUGUAGAGAAUUUCGCGGAGCGGUACGGCCCACAGCAUCCGAUGUUCUUCCAGGGCAGUCUGGAGGAUGCGCUGAAGGAAGCUUGCCACCGACCGUCGGCUCGAGAUCGCAAACUGUUGGCGAUCUAUCUGCACCACGAUGGAAGCGUGCUCACGAACGUGUUCUGCGGCCAGCUGCUAGCAUGUGAAAGUAUCAUCCAGAUUUUGCUGGAGCAUUUCGUCCUGUACGGGUGGGACUUGUCGUUUGAAAGUAACAAAAAUAUGUUUUUAUCAUCAAUAUCGGCCUGCGUGGGUAUGACGGCCUCAAUAACGGUGCGCAACAUCCCGACCGAUCGGUUACCGGCCAUUCUUGUGAUAUCGAAAAAUCGUAGCCAAUGCGAAGUGUUUCAGGUGAUCUAUGGUAAUGUUGGUGUGGAUGAUUUGCUGUCCAAGCUGAUGGAAGCGUCGGACAUGUACAGCGAGCAGCUGAAGAUUGAGCUGCGCGAAGAGAACGAACGAUUCGCCCGGGAGCAGGUGAAGCUCGAGCAGGACGCGGCGUACCGCGAAAGCCUCGAGGCGGACCGGGCCAAGCAGGAAGCGAAGCGGCAGAAGGAGAUGAUGAUACAGACCGAGCGGCGCCGGCUCGAGAGCGAGCGGGCGGAAAACGAAGCGAAGCGUGAGCUGAUACGGGCGAAGGCCCGCAGCACGGUGCCAGACGAGCCGCAGCAGGGCAGCGGCGAAAGCAUCACGAAGAUCCGGGUGCGCACACCUGCCGGGGACAUGCUGGAGCGCAAGUUUACCGUCGAUACGCCGCUGGAGCUGCUGCUAAACUAUAUCACCGCCGAGGGCUAUCUGAUCGACGAGUUUAAAGUGAUCUCAAGCUGGCCUCGCAGAGACUUAACAACACUGAACCACGAAAGCACGCUGAAGGAACUUAAGCUGUACCCGCAGGAAACGUUAAUCCUCGAGGAACGAUGAUCACCGCAUCCGUGAACCGAGCUCGUCCAUCCUGCAGCCAACAACGCCGGCAGUGUCAACCAUGGAACAGUUUCGUUGAAGCAAAGCCCCCUCCCCCCUACCCCUGUACCGUUUGAUCGCGAAACGUAGAGAGAGAGAGAGUGUGUGAGAGAGAGAACGUAAACUCUUUGUUUUUGGGAUAGAAGGCCGCUUUUCUAAACUCUGUCGUGACGCUUUUUUCCAUCCUAACCUUUAUUUUGUUUCCCAUUUUGAUUAAUACACCUUGGUGUCCUUUCCUGGUGUGUCCAAGUUCUAAAUUGAUAGCUGCGUUCGUGUGUUCCGUACAUAUUUGGGGGAAGGAUUUUGGCAAAGGCGGCCCCCCUUAUCGACGAACACACAACGGCGCAUCAUGAUGUGUGAAGUGUAAGACUAAACGUGAUGAUGCUUCUUGAAAACGCCCCACGCAUGCAACAUGUUUAGAAUUGAUUUAAAAAAGCGGUUUCUGUUUUGCUAAACUCACAUAUUCGAUACUCUUUCUGUCCUUUGUACCGCUGUGCUGCAGCGAGCUAAUCCAAACAGCAGCUAUUAACGCACUGUUCCUCCAUCAGUUUUGUUCUGCUCCUUGAUUACGGUUCCUUAGUAAAACUAUGUAUAAAUAUAUCUGUGUGUGUGUGCGCGAACCUGUGUGAAUGUAACUCUAACUCUGCACCACCACUCCCCUUUCUCCCAACUUGGUCGAGCUCUAGCGCGCGCACACACACACACAAGUCGCACUAGGAGAGGAUGGGGCAGUGGGCGACAACAGUAGGUUCAUGUGUUUAACUCUCUUUAGAAUUCGAAUUAUUCCUUUCGGUCAAUCCGGCUCCCCGUACCCGUUCUCGGAUGCCCCGCGCAUCAAUUGGAUGGGUGCGAGCGCGGGAGGCUUAUUUGCAGGCUCACAUAAUAUACAUAUAAAUACGUCAGCAGUAAGAUUUGUUUACGAAAUAGUUUUUUUUUGGGGGGAUGCGUGUUUUGUUUCCUGCCGUGUCUUCUGUGGUGCUUGAUGAUUCUUCUCGCCAUUCAGGUUAAGAGCAAUGCGGGAAGAGUUUUGAAGAGUAGCUGCAGUGCGCAAAGGAAACUUUAAUACUAGAAAGGAAAAUGAGGAGUGAAAUGGCAACAUCAGAGGGGGGAAAACAACCACACACACACGCAAGAAUGCAAAAAGGGAAAUAAUAUUGAUCUGCCAAAAAAAAAGAA